AUGGGAAAAAAAGAUCACCGAUCUCCUUCCCCAAGAUCAUCCCAAAGACAAUCUUAAAAAAAUAGAAGCCGUUCUCGUUCUCGAGAAAAAAAGUAUUAAACAACAAAUACAAAUUCGUCAUAUUCCCGUACUCAACAUUCCUAAUCUCGUCGUCCUACAAACCAGCAUUCAAUAACAACUGGUCCUACCCUAUUUAUGGGUUCCGUAGGUGCUACAUUAACAAAAAAGACCCCUAUGCCUCCCAAAAAGUAUCAAUCAGAAACCCCUUAUUACAAACAAAAUGCUGAAAAGACAAUAUUUAACCCCAAAGACGAAUACUCAUAAUUAGAAUGGGAAGAAAUAUAAAACAAAGCAGAUCGUUACUGGUACGACCAAGAUGAAAACGGCAAUUAAAUUGACGAACCAGAAGAAGAUAUAUUUAUAGGAGACCAAAACAAAUUCCGACUAAUGGAAUAAUAAAUGGACAUAGUAAACCAAAGACGUCAAAACGCAAAAUAAAACGACAAAAACAUCGAAAAUGAUAAAUGGGAUUUCAAUCGACUAGUAGCUUCUGGAAUUUUUAAAACAAAAGAAGUUUCAUUUGAUUUUGAUGAAGAUAGUCAAAACAGAGUCACAGUUCUCGUUCAUGACAUAAAGCCUCCAUUUUUAGAUGGGAAAAAUAUUUAUACGAAAUAACUUGAAGGAAUAUCCAUUGUAAAGGACGAAAACUCAUAAAUGGCCAUAAUAGCGAAAAAAGGCUCUGGUGUAUUAAAAGCUUAAAGGGAAAAAACAGACCGAAACAGAAACAGACAAAGAUUUUGGGAGUUAGCCGGUUCUAGAAUAGGUAAUUUAAUCGGCAUAAAGAAAUAAAGUGAAGACUAAAAUACUAAUAAUUAAUAAGAAGAAUUAAAUGAAGAAGGUGACUUAGACUAUAAAAAAUCAUCUUAGUAUGCUCAAGCCUUACAAAACGAGAUUAAAACAGGAGGCUCAAGUGAGUUUUCGAGAACAAAAACAAUAAAAUAACAAAGAGAAUUUCUUCCUGUUUAUUCUGUGAGAGAGGAAUUAUUAAAAAUCAUCUAAGAAAAUCGAGUUAUAAUAAUUGUGGGAGAAACCGGUUCUGGAAAAACUACUUAACUAACUUAGUAUUUAUAUGAAGCCGGAUAUUCUAAAUAUGGCAUCAUUGGCUGUACUUAACCCAGAAGAGUAGCGGCAGUUUCCGUCGCGAAUAGAGUUGCACAUGAAUUCGGUUGUUAAUUAGGUAAAUAGGUUGGUUAUUCAAUUAGAUUCGAGGACAACACAUCCAAAUAAACUAUUAUUAAAUACAUGACGGAUGGUGUUUUAUUAAGAGAAAGCUUAAAUGAUGCUGAUUUGGAAAUUUAUUCUUGUUUAGUUAUGGAUGAAGCUCAUGAAAGGUCCCUUAAUACUGAUGUUUUGUUCGGUAUUUUGAAAAAAGUGGCAUAAAGAAGACGAGACAUUAAAAUAAUAAUCACAUCUGCGACAAUGAAUGCUGAUAAGUUCAGUAGUUUUUUUGGCGAAGCCCCCAUUUUUAACAUUCCAGGGAGGACAUUUCCCGUAAGCAUAAGAUUCGAGAAAAACGCAGUAGAAGACUACGUAGAUAAAGCCGUUAAAAAAGCCUUAUAAGUUCACAUAUAAGAACCUCCUGGAGACAUACUAAUAUUUAUGACAGGUCAAGAAGAUAUAGAAACCUCUUGUCUAUUAUUAGCCGAGAGAAUCGAGAAAAUGGAAACUAUUCCUUCUUUAGAUAUAUUACCAAUUUAUUCAUAAUUAAGAACUGAUGAUCAGGCAAAAAUAUUCUAUAAAUCCGAAAAAAGGAAAUGCAUAAUAGCCACUAAUAUAGCCGAAACAUCUUUAACACUAGAUGGUGUCAAAUACGUUAUUGAUACUGGAUAUUGUAAACUAAAAGUCUAUAAUCCAAAAGUAGGUAUGGAUGCAUUAUAAAUAACUCCUAUUUCCUAAGCUAACGCAAACUAAAGAUCAGGUCGAGCAGGUAGGACUGGCCCUGGAAUAUGCUAUAGAUUAUAUUCAGAUUCAAAUUUUAGAAGCGAUAUGUUAGAAAACAGUGUUCCUGAAAUUUAAAGAACAAACUUAAGUAAUGUAGUCUUACUCUUAAAAUCUCUUAAUAUAGAUAAUUUAUUAGAAUUCGAUUUCAUGGACCCCCCUCCUUAAGAAACUAUACUAAACUCCAUGUAUUAACUAUGGCUUCUCGGUUGUUUAGACGAACUAGGAUAAAUAACCGCUUUAGGUAGAAAAAUGGCCUAAUUUCCUCUAGAUCCUCCAUUAACUAAAAUGAUUAUUUCCGCUGAUGAACUAGGUUGUAUGGAAGAAAUCCUCACUAUAGUAAGUAUGUUGAGUGUCCCUUCAAUUUUCUAUAGACCAAAAGGACGAGAAGAAGAAAGCGACGCUGCUAGAGAUAAACUUUUGAUUCCUGAAAGUGAUCAUUUAACAUAUUUAAAUGUAUUUGAAUAAUGGAAGAAAAAUGAGUAUUCUGCUUAGUGGUGUAACGAACAUUUUAUUCAGGUAAAAACUUUAAGAAAAGUACGCGAGGUACGUUCUUAAUUAAAAGAUAUAGCCAAAUAGUAAAACCUUAGGAUGUCUACUUGUGAGUAUAAUUAUGACAUUGUUAGAAAAGCUAUUUGUUCGGCUUAUUUCACUAAUGCGGCUAAAAUUAAGUCUAUAGGAGAAUAUACUAAUCUUAGAACUGCUAUGCCUUGCCGAGUUCAUCCUUCUAGCGCUCUUUUUACACUUGGACAUGCCCCUGAUUUUGUUGUGUAUCAUGAACUUAUUAUGACCACAAAAGAAUAUAUGAAUUGUGUUACAAUAGUAGAUCCUAAUUGGUUAGCCGAACUUGGACCAAUGUUUUUUAGUGUAAAAGAAUAUUAUGGAAAUAGAAGAGAUAGAAAUGAAUUGGAAAGCUAGUGUAAUAAUUUACUUGAAUAGUAAAUUGAAGAGGCUAAAACUAAAUAAACUGAAUUAAGAUUAUAAAAAUAAUAAGAAGAUGAAUUCGAAAAUAUGCAAAGAAGAAUGAAGUCAGAAAGAAUUGUUGAGCCUGGUAAAAAAUUUAUGACUCCUUUACCUUAUAAAAGAAAAUGA